ACAUGACGCUGGCGGCCGGCAUGUAAAAGUCCCCCUUUCCUCUCUUCCACCGUUGCUCGAGAUAAUUAUUAUUAUUAUUAUUAUUCCAUCUGCUAGCUAGCUAGUCUCUUUUAUCUCCCUUGAAUAUCUCCUCCGUGCAGUCACUGCUGUGCUCUGUCGGUCUGUCUCUCCACCGGCCCCGUAAGGCCGCAGGACGAGAGAGCUCUGCCUCUGCCACGUCUCGCUGCUCUGCCCCAUCUACGGCCUGACUGCUUGCUGGUUGCUGUGCCUGUACAAUGUCUGGUUGAAUAACCCCGUUUUAUUUGUUUUUUGGGAGCCCAACAUGCCGAUAUUUCAGGAUCCAGAGGCCCAGGGCCGGGAGUAUAGCUGCUGGUCUCCUGCCCUGCCUCUGCGCCGUCCUGCAACACCACCGCAGCAGCAGCAUCUUCUCCAGCACCAGCAACACCAUGAACAGCCGGAUCUAGCAGACGAAGAAGACGACGAGAUGAUGCUCGACCAGUCUUCUGCUGAUCAGAACAUGGAGACCGCCUGUCAUGGGCCCCCGACCAGUAGCCGUGAGGAGCUCAUCCGCAGAAUCAAGGACGGCCAAAGCCCUACCUGGAUCCCCAACCGUGCUCUCGAAGAAUACUUUGCUACGCAUGGUGACUCUCCGCUCGAGAGACUGGAGGAAAAGAAGCGGAAUGGCUCGCUUUUGCUGCCGUCUGUGGAGCUUGAACGGUCCCCGGACCAGGAGGCUCCCAGCUACAGAUCCUGUGGUUCUCCCGUUAGCAUUGAGCGGCCUAGGUCAGCACUUCAUUCAGGAGAUUUCCGCGAAGGGUCUCCCAAGCUGCUUGGAAUCGAACAGCUGGCUGAGUCGUCUUCUUGCGUUGCUUCUUCCUCUUCUUCUUACCAGGAGCCAGGAUGGGUAGACUCGAACAUCAAGAUACCUCCUGCACCGCUGGACCCCUUUGCCAGUCUCAACUUCGGCCACCGCCAGGCCCUGGCCUCUCUCACGGGGAGAUCCAGAGCCCCUUCUCUCGGCUCUGUCCCGUCAAGUUACGUCCUCAAGGCUCCCACAAGCCCGCUGGUCAUCCAGGCAAACAACCCAGACCUAGACUUCUCCGUCAAGGAUGAACAUAUGGACAUAUGUUCAACCAGCUCGGAAAAGGCCAACAGACGACGGACUCUGCCGCCAGAGACGUUUCGGAAUUUUCCUUCUUCCCCUUCUUCCUCUUACUACCAGGCACACCAGCCCCGGAGGUCUAUCACUUCCAUGCGGAGCUUGCAGAUGGCCUCGUCUCCCCAGGGAGCAGGACAUGAUUUUCUUCAUCCCAGACGGCCCUCUCAUUCUGCAGAGGCUUCUCCAUUACACCAUGCUUCCAUGGUUGGAUCGUUUGAAGAGUCUAUCCUCAGAGGCAGGAUGUCGACCAACCCAUCUAAACCACUGGAUUUCACCGCCGAAAUUGGCGUCCUCGGGAAGGGCAAUUGCAAGUCGAACCUGAGGUGUCCACCACACGUCACGGUCCCCUUCCCAGCAGUUUUCUACAGCUACUCAGGCUCGGCCAGCGGGAAGAACAUUGCAGAUGACAGUCCAAGUCCAUACGUUGGGUUUAUCGAUCUUGAAAACUCCCUGCCGGCUGAAAGCAGGCCUGCUACCAAAAAGCCAAAGAAGCAGGUUGCUCCUCGGAAGUGUCCCUGUCACCCUCCUGAAGAGAUCCCUUCUCCAGACAUAUCUCUCUCGCCACGCGGUGAGCUCAGAGCCAGAGAAAAGCGAUCUCGGCGCUCACAAUCCCCAAAGUCGCCGCCAGGAGGAUGCUAUCGCAUCCCACAGCAGGGACAGCUACAGAUCAUUAUCAAGAACCCAAACAAGACGGCUGUCAAGCUCUUCCUCGUGCCAUAUGACCUAGAAGGCAUGGAACCAGGAACGAAAACCUUCAUCAGACAACGAAGCUAUUCCACUGGUCCAGCCGUGGACAUACCACAGGCUAGCACCGCUACCCCUGACCCCCAGGAUAAACCCGUCCUUCGCUACCUGAUACACAUCAACAUCUGCUGUCCUUCCCGGGGCCGUUUCUAUCUAUACUCCGGCAUCCGUGCUGUUUUCGCAAACCGCGUGCCAGAUGGCAAGGAGAAGCUACGUAACGAACUACAGUACCCCGAGCCACGAUUUAGCACGUACAAAUUAUCCAAGGAAUCAGCCAGAUUCGCUGCCGAGAAGGCCCAACAGCACCGCCGUCGUAGCUCCGGUAUCAAACAAGGCAAUCGAGAUAGGGAGCAGAUCAUUCCCACUUCCUCGUCGUCUUUUACUUCCCAACCGCCCCAGCCUCCUUCUGCAUUUCAACUGCGUCCCCCAUCCCUGCACGCCCAGAUGUCCGACCCUCUGAACCUGCGAGUUGAUCAUGGGCGUGCAAAGGACCAGGAGAAUUCAUUUCCAAGCCCACUAUACAUGUCCCCCACAGCAUGGCAUAUGCGGCCUACCGCAGGCAUGCUAGAUACUUUUGACGGCAUAUCAGAUGCUCCCUCAACCUCUCCUCGAUCAAAAACGGCUCCCUUAACAUCCUUCACUCCCCAUUCGACCCAGGACGUCCAGCAACAGCAACAGCAACAGCAACCACAGCCACGUCAAGAACAGUCUAUACCCUUACCACCCAUACAAAAUCUCCAGCUACCACCCCUAUCAAACUCUAGACCCUCCAGCAGAUCAUCCAAUGCCGAAAGUCUGCUAUCUCUCAAACUACGGGAUCUGAACGAGUCAUCUCCUCCGUCACCAUAA